AUGAUAUAUUACACAUCUAAUUCUAAACAGCUAUGCUUUAAGUCCAGUAUAAAAUUGAACGUAGCAUCAUCAUCAUCAUCAUCAUCAUCAUCAUCAUCAUCAUCAUCAUCAUCAUCAUCAUCAUCAUCAUCAUCAUCAUCAUCAUCAUCAUCAUCAUCAUCAUCAUCAUCAUCAUCAUCAUCAUCAUCAUCAUCAUCAUCAUCAUCAUCAUCAUCAUCAUCAUCAUCAUCAUCAUCAUCAUCAUCAUCAUCAUCAUCAUCAUCAUCAUCAUCAUCAUCAUCAUCAUCAUCAUCAUCAUCAUCAUCAUCAUCAUCAUCAUCAUCAUCAUCAUCAUCAUCAUCAUCAUCAUCAUCAUCAUCAUCAUCAUCAUCAUCAUCAUCAUCAUCAUCAUCAUCAUCAUCAUCAUCACCAUCAUCAUCAUCAUCAUCAUCAUCAUCAUCAUCAUCAUCAUCAUCAUCAUCAUCAUCAUCAUCAUCAUCAUCAUCAUCAUCAUCAUCAUCAUCAUCAUCAUCAUCAUCAUCAUCAUCAUCAUCAUCAUCAUCAUCAUCAUCAUCAUCAUCAUCAUCAUCAUCAUCAUCAUCAUCAUCAUCAUCAUCAUCAUCAUCAUCAUCAUCAUCAUCAUCAUCAUCAUCAUCAUCAUCAUCAUCAUCAUCAUCAUCAUCAUCAUCAUCAUCAUCAUCAUCAUCAUCAUCAUCAUCAUCAUCAUCAUCAUCAUCAUCAUCAUCAUCAUCAUCAUCAUCAUCAUCAUCAUCAUCAUCAUCAUCAUCAUCAUCAUCAUCAUCAUCAUCAUCAUCAUCAUCAUCAUCAUCAUCAUCAUCAUCAUCAUCAUCAUCAUCAUCAUCAUCAUCAUCAUCAUUCAUCAAUAAGAGAUAUCUUAUUAAAUUACAAUUUAAUAUUCAUAAAGUUUUAUAUUACUUAAAAGUAACUAAUCUAAAUGAUUGA